CUUUUAAUUGGUAUUGUGAAACAGUGAUAUUGGUUGAUUUUCUCUGAGCCCCUCCACAGAAGCAGAACUACAUUACCCACAACCCCACACGAACGGAGACACGCCCAGCUCUCCUGUCACGUGACGACGCGUCACGUGUUUUUCGGCUCUCUACGAGCUGCCCGGACACUCCGAGGGCUCAGUCAUCCUCCGCCGGGUGACACACAUUCAAGGUCUCUGGUGUGCAGUGGUCAGGCUGCGAGUCAGACUCAUCAUGGAUUCACAAGGGUAAAAAGUAAAGAUCGUGCGCCAUCAUCACACCGACACUGGUGAUGACUUUGAGAAACAUCGUCUUCUCCCGAAUGUUGUGGAACUACAGUCGCUGGACACAAAACUUCAGCUGCACCCGAGGGAUUUCUCGUCCCUUGACUCCAGCUUUCUGAUAAACUUCACUUGCCCUUGGAUCCAGUAAGCUCGAGACUACAUUUGGUGUUUUUUGCGCGAGGCUCAAGCAACCAACAGCCUGUUGAUUCAUGGCGAUCAACGCUGACGUGGAGAACUGGGGUGGAGUUGGGAGCAAUGACUCUGGAGAGAGGGCGUGGCUCUUGCAGAGCCCCAGCGUGGAUUCUGUGCAGCCCCUCGAGUCAGAGACGAGAGGAAGCGGAGGGGUAUCGUCCUUGGCAGCCGUCUUCAUUGUGGUGAAUGCCGCGCUGGGAGCGGGUCUACUCAAUUUCCCUGCGGCCUUCAAUAUGGCAGGAGGAGUAACUGCAGGAGUGAUGCUCCAAAUGUUUAUGCUGAUCUUCAUAAUCAGCGGGCUCGUGAUCCUGGGCUACAGCUCCAAGGCCAGUAACGAAAGCACCUACCAGGAGGUUGUUCGAGCCUCUUGUGGGAAAGUCACAGGAGUCGUAUGUGAAGUGGCCAUUGCUGUCUACACCUUUGGCACUUGCAUUGCUUUCUUCAUUGUCAUUGGAGACCAGCUGGAUCGCUUGGUAGAAGUUGUGGCCCAGGGAGCAGGCAGCACCGGUGGCGUCUGGUACACCGACCGCAAGUUUACCAUCGUUGUCACUGCGCUCUUGAUCAUACUUCCUCUCUCCAUUCCCAAAGAGAUUGGCUUCCAGAAGUACGCCAGUGCUCUGAGUGUGAUGGGAACCUGGUACGUCACCGUCGUGGUCAUCGUGAAGUACAUCUGGCCAGAUAAAGAGGUGACUCCGGUCUACGUCCCCACCAGUUCUACUUCCUGGACAGCGGUUUUCAACGCAAUGCCCACCAUAUGCUUUGGUUUCCAGUGCCAUGUCAGCUGUGUGCCGGUGUUCAACAGCAUGAGCAAGAAAGAGAUCAAACCUUGGGGAAUUGUAGUCACACUCAGCAUGAUAAUCUGCCUCUUUGUUUACACAGGAACAGGCGUCUGCGGCUUCCUGACGUUUGGCUCCAGCGUCAGUCAGGACGUGUUGAUGUCGUACCCUCCUGAUGACAUUGCCGUGGCCAUUGCAAGAGCUUUCAUCGUUAUCUGUGUGGUCACGUCCUACCCCAUUCUACACUUCUGUGGCAGGGCAGUUAUUGAGGGACUUUGGCUGCGUUUUCAAGGCGAGCAGGUGGAGGUGUGUGUGCGUCGCGAGCAGAGGAGGAGGAUCCUGCAGACGCUGGUGUGGUUUGUCACAACCCUUGUCCUCGCCCUUUUUAUCCCAGAUAUUGGUAGGGUGAUCUCGCUGAUCGGAGGAUUGGCAGCCUGCUUCAUCUUCGUCUUCCCAGGUUUGUGUUUGAUGCAAGCCAAACUAUCAGAGACAGACAGCCGAUCUAUCAGCUGGCAUGGAUUAGUAGUUUUCGGUGUUGUCAUGGUUACAAUCGGCGCGUUCAUUUUUGGCCUCACCACAACCAACUCCAUCUAUCAAGACGUCGUCAGCUAAGAGGAACGUGUUUCAUCUGAGACUGCGGUGUCCUUGUUAUUGAAUGGUGCGGGAGCUCAGUCCUGUGCUGCUAUAAUGAACUAUGACUGGAUAAGACGGAGAAGCAUCUCAUGACACUCAUUCUAAAAAAACAAACAAAAAAAGCAUGAAAAACGCUUCGGCAUGUCACAUCCCUGCUCAGUCGGGGAGGAGUUGAAUACACCACACGACACCAAGUGACUUCAGACAUUUUGCCUAGUACUUUAUGUCUAAUUUUAAUUGCAUGUUUUCAUGCUUUUAUGGUUUUAACUUGCAGCGAAAUAGUGUAGUCACUCCCCAGGCUUUCCUCGCCUCUGGACCCUGUAUGGGCGACACAUUCCUGAGGGAAUUUGUAUAGAAAGUCUUUUUUUUUAAAUGAAAUUAAAUUUGUAUUUUGUAUUAAUUUUGUAUUUUAAAUCUAAAUCUUGUCUUUCAUUGAAAAUUGACAGGCUGUGGUUCCCACUUUGUUGGCUCUGCUGAUAAUUGGCCCACUUAUCAAGAAUGUUGUCUCCUUUCAAAUGAAACGUUGAACAAACUGACUGAUGGUUUGCACCGACUAGGACAGUUUGUCAGUGAGUGAUGUGUUAAGCAAUUUCAAGUCUUGUUGAUAAGUUUACUUCCAGUCAGUACCACUAAACGAGUCGAAAUGGAUUAAUUUUCUUCAUACUUUGUUGGUGAGGUCAACUAACUAUAUCACAGCUUAGAUUCAGGAAGUCAUUUCAUGAAGAUGAGAUGAUGAUUUUACAGUUGUCUUUCAGGUUAAAUCAUACUGAUAAGGUUGAAAAGGGUACAAAGCUACGACCAUGUAAACCUGCAGGCCUCUAAAAAAGAGGUUUGGGUACAAUGUGCAAAACAAAUAAAGCAUUAAACAGGCAGAUAAGCACAUCAGCAUUUUACACCUCAAACGCUGUGUGCAGAUCUGCAGGCUGUGCAAGAAGAGCAGCACCUGCAGUCAGGAUAUGAAAACCCAGUGCACUUGUACACACUGCUGCUGACGGUGUUCUCAGUGUCGAGAAGCUGAGUAGUUGGACUGAGCACGAGGUCUGAUGUACUCGAGUCAGUUGACACCACUCAACGGUGAUUCAAGUUGCAAAUAUUUUAUUUUUUAGAUAACCAAAGUGAACUUUGUUGUUACCUUAUUAUUCAACACUACAGAUACUUAAAGUUCUUUAAGUUGGACUGCAAGUAAAAAUAAUUUCAUGAAGUCACUUGUUUGACAUGUGGCAAAUGCAUUGGAAGUAUAUUUAAAUGGAACAUUUACCAAAACUAUACUGAGUUUAAUCCUGGUUUUACAUGUAUUUAAUUAAGACUAUUAACUUCAGGGAUGGUUAGUGUGAUCCAUAACUCAAAUGAGAUUCAAAACUGGUUUACAGUUUAUCCAGGUUUAAGGAAACCAGGCAAUACGAUGUUCUACUCUUGAAUAUGAGGGACAAAUGGUAAGGGAGUUUUUUCAAGUCAUACUGGUUUACUAAUACAACACAGUAUAUUGAGAAAGGGAGAGAAUCUGCAGUAAAAUAUUAAUGUGUGGGCCCAGUACAACAACUAUAAAGCCUCUGUAUUUAUAUUUUAUUUAAAUGUCAUUCUUGGAAUAGAAUUUUUUUCAAUGAUUUUCUUUUACCCUUUUGUUGAAGCUGCAUUUAUGAUUUACUUUUUGCAGGCUGGAAUGAUGUAAACGUUUUCUCAAGGCAUUUGUUUAUCAGAUAAUGUUUGUGAUAUUCGUUUGCAAGUUUUAUUGGUAAUAUCUUUAGGAACCUACCAAUGAUGCUCCAAUAAAUUACAGUCACGGCAUGUGAAAAAAUCUGACAA